AUGCUUUGGGAUGGUACGAAAGCUCAAUCGGGUUGCACUACAGCCCUUGUGGGCUUAUCUCCGUGUCUCAACUACGUUAGUGGAAAUUCAUCAACUCCAUCCUCGUCGUGUUGCUCCCAGCUUUCGAGUGUAGUAAAGUCGCAGCCACAGUGUCUUUGCUCACUGUUGAAUGGUGGUGGCGCUUCCUCAUUAGGCAUCACGAUAAAUCAAACUCUAGCACUUGCAUUACCCAAAGUUUGCAAUGUACAAACACCUCCGGUUAGCCGGUGCACUGAUGCAAAUGGAGGAACAACUUCUGCAGCUACCCCGGCUAGCUCUCCCGCUGAAUCUCCUGCAGAUUCCUUCGGUGAAACUCCUGAUGUUCCGACCAUGCCAUCAGAUUCAGAUAUUCCAUCAGGGACAGGAUCUAAAACAGUUCCAAAAACGGACGGUGCCUCUGUUGGAGGAAGUAACAUAAAUGCGCCAUUCAAUUUUGUCGGCACCCUUCUUAUCGUUGCAUUAUCUGCUUUGUCUGCCACCGGAUUUUGA